AUGGAGGUGAGAGGAAACGAGAAAAUGGGGGUGAGAGAAAAAGGGGAGGAUGGUGAGAGGGAAAAGGAGAGGGAAAGAGAGAAGGCGAGGGAGCAGGAGCGGGAGGAGGAGCGGGAGAAGGAGAAGGAAAAGGAGAAGGAGAGGGAGAGGGAGAGGGAGAAAGAAAGGGAACGGGAGAGGGAGAAGGAGAAGGAAAGGGAGAGGGAGAAGGAGAGUAAGAGGGAGAAGGAGUGGGAAAAGGAGGAGGAGAGGGAGACAGGGAGGGGGAGGGAGAGGGAAUGGGAUAGGGAGAGGGAGCGGGAGAGGGAGCGGGAGAGGGAGCGGGAGAGGGAGCGGGAGAGGGAGCGGGAGAGGGAGCGGGAGAGGGAGCGGGAGUGGAAGAAUAAAAGGGAAUGGGAGAAGGAAAAGGAGAGGCAGCGGGAGAGGGAGAAGGAGAGGGACUGGACGAGAGAAAAGGAGGGCGAGAGGGAGAGGGAGAAGGGCGGCAAUGAGGGUGCUGGCAGCGGCGGUCACAGUGUGCAGGAGCCGCAGCAGCACCCCUGCACUCUCUCUCACUCCUACUCCCACUCCCACACUCACUCCCAUUCUCUCCCUCGCCCCCUGAGCUCGCCGCGCCAGCAGCAAGGCAGGCCGUCAUCCACCCAUCCGCCCUCGCCUGCUGCAUCACCCCACUCCAUCACUCACCCACUCUCGCCCUCCACUGCCGCUGCAUCUGUUAGUGCCGGUGGGGGCGCAGGCGAGGGGGAGGGCAGGGCGAGGAGGCUGCGGCUGUGUGUGGACGCGCUGAGAUACGGCGCCUGCAGGCAACCCGCCUCCUGCUCCCGACACCACCCCAAGCGGCGCACUCAUGAUCGGGCAACCUCCCUGUGUUUGGACCACGUGGCAGGGCGCUGCCCCCUGCCCUCCGCCCGCUGCUUCCGCCACCACCUCACCCCCGAUCAGGAGGAGCACUUCUACAGGCGGGGCGAGCUGCCAGCAGACGCCAUGCAGCCCGCCUCCUGGGUGAUUCAGCGCCGCCUCCGCCUCCAUCCCGCGCGCCCCCGCCCGCUGCAGCCCCCCCCUGCACGCGCCCCCUCUCCGCGCGAGCCGGUCCGUGCAGAUGAGGCGCAGCACACGCCCAGUUCCUCCCACCCCCGCUCUGAUAGCCCUCACCACCACCACCAGCAGCAGCAGCACCAGCAGCAGCAGCAGCAGCAGCAGCAGCAGCACCAGCACCAGCAGCAACAGCAACAGGGGGGGUCGCCUGGCAAGGGAGGGGCAGGGCUGCUGGCGACGCCAGGGGGGCUGUUGCCGUCCCCAUCCAUCUCGCCCUCCCUGCUGGGUGCCCCUCCUGCCGGCACCUCCCCUACCCUACUCCACUCCCUGCUCCCCCUGCCGCCCCCUGCUGCCCCCUCUGCGCUGCCCACCGCCCCCGGCACAGCCGCAGCAACCUGGGGGACUCUGGGUGUGAGCAGACCUGCUUUCAGCAGCAGUCAGCAGCUCGCUGCCACUGCUGCAGAGCAGCAUGCUGCUGCUGCUGCUGCUGCUGUGGCAGCAGGGCCAGGGAUUGUGGGUGGCGCGUGUGCUUUGUCGCCAGCAGGCAUGGGGCCAGAAGGCGGUGAGGAGGGGGGGCGAGGGGUGGGGCUGAGGGGGGAGGACAGGGAGGGCGGGGCACUGAAACCCAAGCCGCGGGUGAAGGUGGUGAUCAAUGAGUGGGGGGUGGUCAUUCCCCCACACGCCUUGCUGCCUGCCAUCAAGCGCCGCAAGCUGGACAAUGCCCCCGCUGCUGCUCUUCCACCCGCACAGGGUGGUGGCGCCGUGGCGAGUGGCAGGGGAGGGGCGGGAGCGGGUGACACGGCAGAGGGGUCCCCACCUGCCUGUGUAGUGGUAGCCUCAGCAGCGGCGGUAGCAGCAGCAGGCAGGGUGGGGUUGCCAGUGGGCUUGUUUGCAGCACUGGAGAGAAUGCUGGUGCCGCGCGUGGCUGUGGGACUGCUUCCCGUGCUCCUGUGCCCCACUGCUGCUGCUCCUCCCAGUCUCACACCCAGGGGUGGAGGUGAUGGUGAUAUUAGUGGUGAUGGUAGUGGUGAUGGUAGUGGUGAUGGUAGUGGUGAUGGUAGUGGUGAUGGUGGUGGUGAUGGUGGUGGUGAUGGUGGUGGUGAUGGUGGUGGUGAUGGUGGUGGUGAUGGUGGUGGUGAUGGUGGUGGUGAUGGUAGAGUGAAGGGGGUGAAGCCAGAAGGGGAGGAGCAAGAGGGGGUGGGGGAUGGAGAAGAGCAACAGGCAGGUGCAGGGAGAGGGGUUCACAUUCCCAGUGCUGCUGCUGCUGCUGCUGCUGGUGCUGCUGCUGCUGCCAGUGUUACUGCCACAACCAUCACUGUGCGGCUGCCACCUCCCCCCUUGCCCCUGCACGCCCUGGCCCAGCCGCCCUUCCCCUCGCCCAAGAAGGAGCGCACUCAGCGCACCGUGCCCCGCCGCCUCCUCUCCUUCCCCCCUCUCGCCCUGCCCACCUUCCUCGCCCUCCCUGCCCCUCUAGCCGCCGCCACUCCGCGCACCCCGCGCCCCACUGCACCCCCCAGCGCGUUCCACAAGCCCUCUUCCUCGGGCAGGCGGGCAGGCGGCGGCAGUGUGGAGGGCGCGGAGGGCAGGGCGAGUGCGGGCAGUGGGGAGGGAGAGGCGGGUGGUGUGGCAGGGGAGGUGGGAGGGCAGAAGGACGAGGCGGGUGUGAACGAUGCAGUAGAGGUGGAUGCGGGUGCUGCUGGUGCUCGUGCUUCUGGUGAUGGUGCCAGUGCUGGUGCCCGCAAUGGGGCUGGGGUUGGCAGCAGUGGUGAGCGGAGGGCGAGGGAGAGGCAGGUGGAGGGAGAGAAGAUGGGAGCAGAUGUUGGGAAUGCCGAGGUGGGGGGAAGAGAGGGCGCACAGGCUGCGGGGCAUGAGGGGAAGAGGGAGAGGGGGGAGCAAGAAGAAGGUGACAGAAAGAGACCGCGGAGGGAAAGAGCGGAUGGAGAGGUGGGAGUGGGGGAAGGAGGAAAAGGCAGAGCAGGGGGAGAGGAGGAGGGAGAGGAGGAGGGAGAGGAGGCAUUUGAGGCGGAGGGGAAGGGUGGAGAUGGGAAGAGGGCAUUGGAAGGAGAUGGGAGGAGGGGAGGGGCGGUGGGAAGAGGCGGAGGGAAGGGCAGAGGACGAAAGAGAGGGGCGGCGAAUGGAGGUGCAGGCGAGCGUGAUAGGGCGGCGCAGCAGGGGGAGAAGCAGAGGAGCAUGCAGCAGCAGCGCGACAGGCGGGGGCGAUGGAGGCAUGGGGGCAAGCGCGGUGGCCUGAAGGGGGGAGGGGGAAGGAGGGUGGCGGGCAGGGAGGAGGGUGCAGCGAGGGUGAGUGGUGCUGAUGGCAAAGGGACGGGGGGAGGGAGGGUGCAAGAGAAUGAAGAGCAGAAGCAGGUGAAGGGGGCUGCAAGGGAAGAUGGCGCAAGGCACAGCGAUGCACGGGUGAGUGAGAGGAAACGAGGUGGCGGCAGGGGAGGGGGCGGGUCGGCACUGUCGCGAUGCCGAGAGGGGCAGGUGGGAGCGGUGGGUGCAGAUGCUGGGGCGAAGGGCAGCGGUGGUAAGCAGGAGACGGACGGGCUGUGGUCGGGGGGUAGCAGUGAGGUGAAGCACGGUCGAGGGGGGAGAGGUGUGGGGGGUGGGAGUGAGGGCGACGAGGAGAGUGCGAGUGAGAGUGAGAGUGACAGCUUCUCAAGCCUGUUUCGAGAGGAGGAGAGUGAGGAGGAGAGUGGGGGGCAGGGAGGAGGCGAGGACAUAGAGGUGGACGGGCCAAACCUGGAGGGGCAGGCGGCAGGAGGGGGUGGAGCAGAUAGGAGCACGUCACAGGAUGGCAGUGGUGGUGGUGGCAGUGGUGGUGGCGAUGAGACAGGCAUGGAAGGCUGGCGGCAUGGCGGCAGAGGGAGGGGAGGGGGGCAUGGAGGCGAGCAGGAGGGAGGGGGAGGGGCGAGCAGGGCGGGGCAGGCAGGCAGUGCGUGUCUGGCCACCAGCAGCCCUGCCUCGGGCUCCACACCCCUGCCACACCUCGCUGCCAGCCCCCACCUGCACUGCACCACGUACGUCACUGCCAGCCCUCACCUGCUCGCCAGCCCAUACCUCAACGCCAGCCCACGCUUCACGAGCCCGUACCUACCCUACAGCCCCAGCAUGGGCGGCAGCCCUGUUGGCAGCACCACCUUCUCCCCGCGCCCGCUGCUUGAAUCGCCGCUGUCUGCGUGUGGCUCGCCCGCUGUGGUGCAGGCGAGCGAGGAGGGCGCGGAGGAGAAGGGUGGGGAUCAGCGGCGCGGCGAGGAGAGGGGCAAGCGGCGGGAGAGGACGCGCAUGGUGAAGGACCUUGCUGGCGCUGCUGUGGCCGCCCACGCACUUGCACUGGAAGGCGUUGCUGCGCCCGCUGCAGGUGCUGCCUCGGCUGCUGCUUCUGCUGCUGCCGGUGCGCCUUGCCAAGAUGCUUCCGACGACCCAAGCAGAGGGUGCUUGCCUCUUGCCCCUCCUGCUGUUGCUGCUGCUGCUGGCAGCAGUGGUGGCACGGUUGGGAGUGGUGACUUGGGAGGUGGAAUGCUGGGGAGCGGUGACAAGGGUGGGGGAACAGGUUAA